ACGGACACGAACAGGGCCCUUUCAUUUAUGGCUACAGCUCCAUCUUGGCGCUCAGGGACUUUGCCAUGAGCUCAACCGUCGCAGACGGGGGGGGGCAAGGCGCCAGCAAGGACUCCCCCUUUCACAACACGUCCGUAGCAGGCCGCGCAACCUCACAGAUGUUGGAAAGACGAGGAGAGACGGAUGCUGUGGAGGAGCGGGGCCCCAUGGAAGACCCUCUCUGCAUGACCACGAGCCUUGGGAAUACAAGGGAAGGCUUCCUUGGCUUUGCCUCGGGCCUGGUGGCCGGGAUCAUCGGAGUCUUGACGGGCUACCCCUUGGACACCCUCAAGGUGAAAAUGCAGGUGUACGGCUCAGGGUCUCGCGUGGCCCUUCUGGACGAAAAUACCGGGCGGAACCCCGUGCGGAUCGUGCGACAGCUUUUUCGGGGCGUCUUGCCGCCCUUGCUCAGCACCGGCUUAGUUCAAACUUUAAAUUUUGGAGUGUACGACAACACGUUGCGCUACCUCCGAGUGGGACGGGAGGAGCAAAAGCGACAGGCAGGAAGGCAGAGCCGAGGGCUGGAGGAACGAGAGGAGGGUUCGGCGUCCUAUCACGGCCCCAACGUCCUCCCUGACUUCUUCAUUGCGGGCGCGGUGGGGGGGGCAGCGAUCAGCAUCAUCACCUGCCCGGCCUCCCUGGUUAAAAUACAGGUGCAAACGGCCACCAGCAGCAGCGUCACCUACUGGACGGUGUUGGCGGGCAUGCGAAGGAAGGGUCUUGUGGCGGGGUACUACAGGUGA